AUGUCGACUAAGGGAAGAAAACCCUCUUUCUCUCACUCUUCUUGGUCACUUCUAUGCUGUAGAAGAGGUAUUUCUUCAACUUCAGCACCAGACAAAGAAAAAAACGGUGAUGAACUGAGCAAAAACAGUUCAAGAUCAGGCAAUGAUAAGAAGCCGGGAGGAUGGAAGGCUAUGCCUUUUAUUUUAGGCAAUGAAACUUUUGAGAGGUUGGCGGCAUUUGGUUUGUUAGCUAACUUCAUGGUGUACUUAACAAGAGAGUUGCAUUUGGACCAAGUUUAUGCUUCGAACAUUCUCAACAUAUGGAGUGGUGUUACCAACUUUUUCCCUUUGAUUGGCGCUUUCAUUUCUGAUGCUUAUGCUGGUCGCUACCGCACUAUAGCUUUUGCUUCCUUUUCCUCUCUACUGGGAAUGGUGGUGGUGACUCUAACAGCAUGGUUACCAGAGCUGCAUCCUCCACCAUGUACUCCUCAGCAACAAGCACUGAACCAAUGUGUUAGAAUUAGCACACCUCACCUAGGUGUUCUAUUCGCGGGACUUAUCCUUUUAAGCAUAGGCUCUGCUGGCAUAAGGCCAUGUAGCAUCCCUUUUGGUGUGGAUCAAUUUGACCCCAACACAGAUGAAGGGAAGAAAGGGAUCAACAGCUUUUUCAAUUGGUACUACACCACCUUCUCUGUGGUCUUGUUGAUCACUCAAACAGUGGUUGUCUAUAUUCAAGACACCAUUAGCUGGAAGAUAGGUUUUGCCAUCCCAACCCUGUGCAUGCUUUGCUCCAUCAUCUUGUUCUUUGUGGGAACAAGGAUCUACGUGCAUGUGAAGCCAGAGGGAAGCAUUUUCUCUAGCAUUGCACAAGUUCUGGUUGCUGCUUAUAGAAAGAGAAAAGUUGAGGUUCCAAGUGAGAAACGUGACGGGGUUUUCUAUGAUCCUCCACUUGACAAGACUCAUGGGUUGUCAAAACUACCAUUGACCAACCAAUUCCGGGCUUUAAAUAAAGCAGCUGUUAUAAUGGAGGGGGAGCUAAACCCUGAUGGGAGUGUAGUUAACAAGUGGGAACUUGUGAGCAUCCGGCAAGUGGAAGAGGUGAAAUGUUUGGCAAAAAUUUUCCCAAUUUGGGCUGCUGGAAUCAUUGGUCAAACAUCCAUAGCACAACAAGGAACAUUUACUGUGUCACAAGCCUUGAAAAUGGACAGACACCUAGGACCCAAGUUCCAAAUCCCAGCUGGGUCACUGGGGGUAAUAUCAUUCAUCACCGUAGGUGUGUGGGUUCCAUUCUAUGACAGAAUCAUGGUGCCAGCACUAAGAAGAGUGACUAAGCAUGAAGGGGGCAUCACUCUCCUCCAGAGAAUUGGAAUUGGCAUGGUGUUCUCCGUUCUGUCCAUGGUUGCUGCUGCCCUGGUGGAAAAAGUGAGAAGAGAUAUGGCAAAUGCAAAUCCAACUCCAUUGGGGAUUGCCCCCAUGUCAGUCCUGUGGCUGGUACCACAAUUGGUCCUGAUGGGUUUGUGUGAGGCAUUCAAUGCAAUUGGACAGAUUGAGUUCUUCAACAAGCAAUUUCCCGAACACAUGAGAAGCAUUGCCAAUGCCUUCUUCUCAUGUUCUUUUGCUGGGGCUAGCUAUGUUAGCAGUGCACUUGUCAACACUGUUCAUCACGCCACAAGAACGCAUAGCCAUCCAGAUUGGUUAACAAAUGAUAUUAAUUAUGGCAGGCUAGAUUACUUUUACUAUCUGGUUGCAGGAAUUGGAGUCCUCAACUUUAUCUAUUUUCUCUUUGUGGCUCAAAGAUAUCAAUACAAGGCCAUUGGUGACCUCCAAGAUAAAGCUCAAGAUGUGGAGUCAGCUUCAAAAGGAGAAUUAGAUCACUACAGUGCUAAGCAUGAAGAUUCUUCCUAA